AUGGCUCUACGGCAGGAAGACGCGAGGAAAAAGCCUUCGUCGCCGAACGGAAAAGCCUUCCCUUCGGCGACUAAGUCGGGCGACGACGACAUAGUGGAACGGUUACGUCGGUUUAGCAGCGUCUCGCAAGAAGACUUUGAAAAAAUGCGACUGGCUGAGAAAGAAGAUGAAUUUUUUGCGAUCAGGAAAGCAACUGAUAUCACAGAACCUGAUACUAAAGGCGACCCAUGUCCACCUUUGCCUAUAAAGAUUAUACAAGGCUCGUUCAGACACGUGCUGGGUGUCCGCGAGGCCUGCUCGAAAAACGGAACGUUUUUGCAGCGUACGAUCGAGCUACGGCGUAAACCAGGAGAGACUCUGGGAUUUUAUAUUCGUCAGGGUGAUGGCUGGGAACGUGAACAAGGUAUUUUUGUGUCUCGUGUUGUUUUAGGAACAGAUGUGGACGUUUUCGAGUUGUUACGAGUCGGCGACGAGAUUGUUAAGGUGAAUAAAGUGGAUGUGCGGACUAUGACCAUACAAGAUGUGAGUGCCUUGAUGCAGAUGACUCGACGACUUAUACUCACAGUGAAAGUUCUUACUCCGGUAACUGCGAUGGCCACUAAGCGUUUAGCUAUGAAUAAAGACAAUAAUAUACAGGGUUUGAAAUCUUUGAGUCCGAGGACCUCUAGGACAUCACGAUCCGAAGGGUCGGUGGAUUCGGCUUCAAAUUCAAGCGGGUUAUCUCCCGAUCGCCGGCUCACUGGUGACAGAAGGUUAAGUAAUACCUCGAGUCUCAGUCAUCAGGCGAACUAUAAGGUAGCAAAUCUAGUCAUAGGAAAAAACAAAGAUGCCAUUAGUACGGGAAAUCCACAGGCCACGGGACCGAGCUACCGCAGCUCGCGUCGUUCAUCCAAGUCGCCGGUGGGAGGCAGGAGAGCACUGUCGCCAAUACGGGAGACUUCUGCAGAUAUAUUUAACUCUGAAGCGGAUGAUCGCAUGUCAGCUCACGAGCGGGGUCGCAGUAGCAGAGCUGCGAGUGUCGUGAGCUGGUCUGAUCAAUUUUACAGUGCGUCGGGAGCGAGUAGCCCCGUCAAACACAAGCCAAGUGAUAGAAGGAGAUCUGAAGCACAGAGUUCCAGACCUAAAUGACCUCUAGAUUGCUAAGAACGACCGAAAAAGCAAAACAAAUCUCUUGUUAAGAAACUGUGGCUCGGAGCAUGGGUCAACUAGGAAUUAAAGAUCAAGCUGAAUGAAUUUAAUCGCAAAAGCUUGAUGGUUUAUUAAAAAGUCAUGGCAAGGAACUUCGUGUUUGAGGUGCGAGCUUUCGCUAGCUCGAAUGCGUUGUUUUCUGCAAGCUGGCAAAUUGAGCACAGACCGGAUUUGAUAAACACAAACUCGUCGGAAUGCAAACUGCGGAACAAAGAUGUUUUUAUUAAGGAAGUACCUGUUAAACAGUUUCUACAGGGUUAAUAUUGGAAAUAUCUCUCAGAAUAGCCGUAUUGUAACGCGAAACUUCCACCAAAGUAGCUGAAAUUCGUUACAAGUACAGGCUCUUCGGAUAUGAAAAGAGCCCUACCUCGACAAAGCUUUCAACACGACAAUUCUUUUAUGUGUAACGAGAGAGACUUUUAAUCCAUUGCAACGCCAAAACAGUUUUCUUAAGCUUAAAAUACAAUUUUGGGUAAAGUAUAAAAAAUUUUGUAGGCUUGCAAAAGCACUGCGAGUAAAUCUCCGACGAACUGCAAUUUCAGCAGAUUCUCCGGAUUUAAUAAUUCCAUUUUUCCGUAAACAUUUCAUAACAUAGAGUAAGAAGCGAAUUUCGAGAGCGACAUAAGAUGAAUUGAAUUAAGGCGACCGAAAACUAUUUGUAGGUGUAGUCUAGCACGACUUUUGAAAUAAAACUCGGCGAAAUGUCCGCAACUGCGACCUUGAUGCAAAACGAGGCCGGGAUCUUUCGAUUACACCCGCGAAACAUUUCUAAUUUCGAUUCGAUUCGAGGCAAUUCUGCAAUUAUUGAUAGCUAGGUUUAUCCAUGGUAAACAGUACAACCCUUUAAACAUAAGAAAUAUUACUCCAAAUGUUUAUUUAGGAGCUAUUAUUUUUCUUGUUCGAAUAUGUUAAUCGUUCGCUUAGAGCAAUCACAAGGAACGAGAGACACAAAAAAUAUCAUUGAUAACAACUCGAAGGCAACAUUUUUAUUUCUAUUUUAGGCUUCUACUUAAUGAUCUUGAAAAAGUGAUUGGCGACGCGUCGAUCUUGAUGCGACAAUUUUAUUCAAGUUGCUAAACAAAGCAUUGUUUGAAAGGAAGUUAGUCAGGCACUAAAGAUAGCCUUACUACACUUAAAACAAAACAACCCGCACAAAAAUAUAGUCUAUUGAAUCGAAAGAAAACGACCACCAUACGAAUUCGCGAUCAGAGACAAAUUUAGCAGUAAUUCUUGUUGUAAUCGACUUUCAGGCAUACCGAGGUGUAGUUCAGAGAAGAUUUGAAAAAUAAAUUAUAAAUUAUUAAA